CAUUGGGAAAGCUCAAAUGCCAUUAAGGAUCCAAUAGGAGUAAAGCAAAACAAUAUUGUUGCUUUUAUUGAUCAGACCCUUUUACGAUGCCACUUUUACCCACUCGUCAACCUAUUCAGUUAUCCAUCGCUGACGAUUCCGAACCUGAAGACACAAAUACCCUGAAUACCCUGCGCUGGUAUACCACUUGCUUGUGUCUCCGCACUUCAUCUAUUCGAUUACCAGAAGAUGCACCAACAGACUUUUAUACAGACAACACAACAUAUGAUGCUUCCCUCUCUCCCAGGGAUGCCCUGCGGAACAUUCUGUCACCUCAGUCAGAAGAACGAGAAUCGGUCACUGGGCACCAUAUCCAGAAAACGCGAAUCGUCAAUCCUUUCGGCACGUCCCCAUCCGACCACAAUCAGUUUGUGGAUUUCCAUGCUUCUCUCAUCUCCCAAGUUGAAGAGGCUGAAGAAUUGUCGGACCAUCGUAUCUCGGCUCUCUUCAGUGAUCAGACCAAAAUCGAUGCUGCCAUGUGUGAUUUAUCAAUAGCUACAACCGGAAUAGCAGAUCAAACUCAAUGCGAUCAGGAACUUGUUGACGUCAGUGGAAGUUCCUCAGAUACCUGCGUAAACACUGCCAUACUACGCGAUAUGAAAGCAAGCGAACAAACGAACAAAGAAGAAUCCCCUUUGGACGAUGUAACUCAAUGCAUACCGCUUGCAACCGGAAAUGAUUAUCAUGAUACGGAACACCCACUGGGUAGAAUGUCAGAGGAUUUAGUAGAGUAUAUGAAAAGUACCGAUUCAUGUUCAUUGUCAACUGCGGAAAACCAGCAAAGUAGAUCAACGACAGCAACUGAUUUGGAGGCGGAAACGCGAGAUGACAAAACUACCUAUCCAAUGAACAGUAAUGAAUGGGAUGCAUACGAGCAUAAAACAGCCGAGAACCCUGAGAUUACCCGUUCGACCCUUCCCGCGCAGCAGGAUUUUCCCAUAGCUGCAUUGACACGCGCUCCUUUUGCCAGAUACGAGUCUUCACCUAACCCCAUGGAUCCUCAGAGAUACCCACACACAAAAGACACCUCAACAGAAAUGAGUGACCACCAGGAUGAUACCCAGACGACGUCAACAAGGCGUUCCUCCAUGGCGGCGGUAGCUCACUCUCUCUUGGGUGACAAGCUGGACGAUUUGACAGGAAAGCUUGCUUACAUAAAAAAGAAUAUCAUCAUGAGCAUGGAUAUGGAUGAUGAAGACGACUCCUGGGAUGAAGGCACUAGUCCGAAUCCUGUCAGCGAUCAAGGAGCUCAGCGAAGACCAUCCACGGAUCCAUUAUCAUCAUUUCUUUUCGGUGCCAGGCAGACGGACGACAAUCAGUCUUCAGAAGUGGAUCAGCAUGGGAAUGAACGAGCGGAUUUGGCCAAGCCUUUCAUGCAAGUGGGGUCCUCCAUCAUGCGCUUUGUAGAUCAAAUCGGUGGACGGGAAGAAAGCCGGUCUUUCUCACCUUCGUCGUUCUUUGCGUCUCUUGCAGGUCCCUCCUCGCCUCCACGGGAAUCAGAUAACGGCGUCGUCCAACAUCGGGGUUCUGCCCAGACGCUUGGCCGAGAUAGCCGCGCCACCGCACGCCAUGUAAUCAGUAUAUCAGAAGCGUCCGAAGACGAUCCAGCAGAUUCGGAGGAAGAAGAGCUGUUCGAUUUCAGCAAAGUCAUUACUAUGGGUAAACAUAUGCGUACCUACAGCGAGACCACCAUCGAUAACAGUCUGCGGCUGCUCAGUCAAGCCGUUGACCGUCUGAAAAAUGCACAAAAGCAAGACAGCUUGCCAGAAUACCCGGAUUCCCCCACCAUUGCACACGACACCUAUUCCCCAGAACACCAUCUCCCCGAUACCAAACUUUUGUAACGUUAGCUCCUCCAACUAUAAAGAACCUGAUACUGGAUACCACACUUUCCUUUUUUUUUCUUUCUUUCCGGAGAAUAGUAUGUUGGGCGAUAGUCUGGCUUUUCAUCCUUGAUCCUCGGUUCCAAGCCCAAAGUCAGGAAUCAGCCAUCUUACUGCAGAUCAAGAUAACACCUUUGAUCAGCAUCGAGUCGCAGGAUAAUAUGAGACAGUCUCUCCUGCGUUAACCUGUACGCACAUUUUUGCGUUACCUGUUGCUUUGCUCGGUUAGUCAGCCAAUUAACAAGUUGGGAUACUGAAUGCGUAUUUACAACAAUAAAUUGCAACUUCAAUCGUUAUGAUGGGAUCGCAACGUUUAGGUGAACAGCGUGCGACAGCAAAAAAUUAAUGGCAACUCCUGUCAUCCAUCCAAAUCUCGAAAACGCUGUCAACAAAUCACUUUUCAGGAGCAGUAUUCUCGUCUAAAU